AGUCUUAACAAAUCUUAUUAGGUAGAUAAUAAUAUAGCAUUGUCUUAGAAAAUAUACAAUUUAUACGCAAAACAUUACAAACCCAUAUGAUGUUAUUUCCUAAAAAAAUUUUUUUUUGUUUUUUAAUUUUUUUAUUAUUUAAAGUUCACUGUCAAGAAAUAGUGUUGAGACCACAUAAAGGAGAGAAACGUUUUUUUAUGCCUGUCAAUCAUCAAUGGCAGAUUUUAAAGUCCCUUCAUUUAAACAUUGAUGUACAAAAAAAAUGUAUAGCAGGAGAGCCAGUAAAAUUUUUAAAUAAACCUAAAAAGAUAGAGCCAAUUCGAGGAGAUGGAAAUUGUUUUUUCAAUUCACUAUCACAAUGGAUAACAGGUGCACAAGAUGAGGGCGGAUUACUUAGAAUCUUAAUAGUAUAUUCUAUGAAAAUGUCACCAAGAUUUCAAACAAUGCUAAGUAAAUUGGAACAAGAAAAACACGUACAAGAAAUGUUGGAGUACACCACGUAUGCAGAGUUUCAUGAAUUAUUUGCCGCAGCAGAAUUCUUAGAAACCUCCUUAUAUGUAUACUCUGAAAAUUCUUGGCACUAUAUAAGUAAAAAUGGAUUAGGAUCUCAUGAAUUAUUGGAGCCAUGUAUAUACUUACAUCAUGUAAAUAAUAACCAUUAUGAAGUUAUAACAGAUGUGUUUGAGUACGAAGAAAACCCAGAUCCGCCAAAAACACAAGUUGUAAGAGAAACUCAAGUGUCUGAUUAUACAAAUUCAAUAGUCAAUCAAAUACAAAACUCUUCACAUUUAGAACCUAAAGUUUCGCCAUCAAUCAAAAAAAUUCAUAAUUCUCGUCUUCAAAACUAUAGCGUAGAAUUUAAUAUUGACGCAAAAGAAAAAUAUCAGAUAAAUAAUAGGAAAGGGAAAGAUGUAUAUAUCGAACCACAAUCUACUGUUAAACUUAACAAGAAUAAUAGAAAAGGAAAAAGUAUACAAGUUGAAUCAAAAACCAUUGUGGAAAAUACCAAAAAUGACAGAGAAGGAGAAGUUAUAAAUAAUGAAAAAAUUACCAUUGAAUGCAAAAAAGAUUCCGAUGAAAAUGAACUUUAUGUUAAUAAACUUCAACCAAUUAUAGAUCAUAAAAAAGUAGAUGAGAAAGAAAAAUGCCUUUGUACAAAUUUUGUAAAUUACAAUCCUGUAACCAUUGAAGAAGUUUUUAAUCAAACAUAUGAAUUUAAAGACCAUCAAAUCGACUUAUCAGGAAGUAGAUAUUUUAUUCCAGUAACUCAUCAAUGGCAGUUUGCAAAAUGCUAUGAUUUCAAUUUUCAAUUGAUUAAAAGUGUAAUGGGUGAAGACGAAGAGAUUGUGAAAUUUUUAGGUGUGCCAUUAAAGCAAAAAAAAAUGCCAAAAAACGAUUACAGCUUCUACAGUGCGUUGUCAUAUUGGAUAAGUGGUUCGACUAUUUAUGCAAAGAAACUACAAUUACAUAUUAAUGCCCAAAUGGAAGAUUCGAAUGAUCCAGAAUUAAGAGCAUUUGCAGCUGCCCGAUUAUUAAAAACAUCUAUUUAUAUUCACUCCAAUAGUGAUUGGCAAUUUUUCAGCAAAGAUGGAAUUUAUGGUGAAGAAACUAUCCAAACAUGUUUAUAUAUAAGUAGUUCAGACGGAGAAUAUUAUAAAGUUGUAACGAACGUUCUUGCUUAGAGAUAUAUGUUUUCAAAUUUAACUUUGUAUACGAAAUUUAUGUUUAUUUUCCAUUCAUUACAUAAUUAAUUUUCUCGUAAUCUUAUACAAUUUUAUUUUGAAAAUUAAAUUAUAAAAUUAAUA